CCACUCAAAUCUAAUAAUAAUCCAUUAAAAAAAAACAUCUUACCAAAAAAAAAAAUAAAAAAAAUCCAUUAAAAAAAACAAAUAUGGCGGAGGAGAGAAGAGUCCCAUCAUCGGUGUCGGUCACAGUCGCCCACGACCUUCUUCUAGCCGGCCACCGCUAUCUAGACGUCAGGACUCCAGAAGAGUUCAGGCAAGGACAUGCCUGUGGGGCGAUCAACGUACCUUACAUGAAUCGAGGAGUAUCAGGGAUGUCAAAGAACCCUGACUUCCUGGAACAAGUGUCCUCCCAUUUCGGACAAUCCGACAACAUCAUUGUUGGCUGCCAGAGCGGUGGUAGAUCUAUCAAAGCCACCACCGAUCUUUUCCAUGCAGGUUUCACGGGAGUCAAAGAUAUCGCCGGUGGCUAUAGUGCCUGGACCAAGAAUGGCCUUCCUACAAAAGACUGAUAUCGCUGGUGGCUAUAGUUCUCUUCGUCUUCUUCUUCAGUAAUGAUAAUAAUGCAUCGUUUCCACAUGUAAUCAACAUCUUUAAAAUUAUUUUUAGUAAUGAAAUCCACAUGUAAUGAUUAAUAAAUGACCUUCCUUUUC